AGGCUUGCGUUGAUUGGUCGGAGGAGGGAAGGGAAUCGACGGAUUGGUGGAGCGGUCCUGAGAGGGCGGGACUCGGCCUGUGCGAGGGACGAGGAGCCUCCGUGGCGUGUUGUUGCUGCUGCCGUGGACAGGUUUCCUACGCGGAUGGGACGGAAGAAACCGAAAAGGGAGAAUGCGCCUUUGAAAUGGAAAGAUGUUCGCCAUAGGGACAAGGGCCGAUCUUUGGAGUCCUUUGAAGAUGAUCUUAAAAAUGCACUAGAAGCUGGGGUAUCCGAGGAUGGAAUAUGCCCGAAAUACCACUUCCCGUGCCCACUGGCUAUGUGGGAAUUGGGACACUGUGAUCCAAAAAGAUGUACAGGCAGGAAACUUAUUCGCAAAGGUUUUGUCCGCAACCUGCACAUCAACGAGAGAUUCAGCGGACUAGUUCUGUCUCCUGUAGGAACCACAUACGUCUCCCCUUCUGACAGAAAGAUUGUGGAGCAGCGGGGUGUGGCCGUCAUCGAUUGUUCCUGGGCUAAACUAACGGAGACUCCUUUCUCAAGGAUGAAGGGCAGACACCUCCGGCUAUUGCCGCACCUCGUUGCUGCUAAUCCGGUGAAUUACGGGCGACCCUGCAAGCUCUCCUGUGUGGAGGCUUUUGCUGCCACCUUCUUCAUUGUGGGGUUUCCAGAACUGGCUGAUAUUCUCCUGAAGAAGUUCAAAUGGGGCAAAACGUUCUUGGAACUGAAUCACAUAGCCUUGACAAAGUAUAGUACGUGCCAGAAUGAGGUGGAGGUCCAACAGGCUGAGCAGGAGUGGCUUGCUGCUGAACAAGAGCCAGAAGAAGUGGAAGAUCCAUUUGAUGUUGAUUCAGGAAAAGAGUUCUGUAAUCCUAAUAGGCCCAUGCUUGGAAGAACUGUGGAGCUUGAAGACGAAAGUGAUGAAGACUCUGAAGAAGAAGAUGAAGAUAGUAUCUCAGAGGAAAGAAGUGAAGCAGAGGUUUGCAGUGAAUGUGAAGAGCAACCAUCGAACAGUGAGGAAGAACAACUUUCUGGAAAGGCCACUGGGAUUGCAGAGGAUUGUGGGUGAUUUAAUGAUGAAGAACUUUGCAGAAAUUGAUGCUGCCUGGCCUGCUGAGUUCCUCCAACAUUUUGCAUGUGUUGCUACAUAAUUGUUGAAGUGAAUUAUAGAGGUUGUCAAAUAACAACCAGUAGUCCAGCUGCAUGGAUACUAGAAUGGACCUGGACUGGCAAAUUGAUGUGCAACAACUUAACUGGAAAACAGAAGGAACUGGAACAAGAUGGGUAUUGGAAACAGGAUUUAACUCUGCAGAAUGAUACAAGAACUUGGGACUAACAUUCAAAAGUGGAACCUUGGGUGUGGGAUUUGUAGAACAAAGGAAAGUCACAAAGCUGCUGACAGUCUGAUGAUCUCAUGCUUGUACUUUACUUUUCCUAUUAAGAGUUUGAAUAAAGUAUAUUUUUGCUA